CGAUUGAAAAUAAUCGACUUUCGAUAUUUCAAAUAAUCUCCUCCAAAUUGGAAAUGUGGCAUUUUACUCAUCGAAGAAAAUAGUCCAUGUACAGGCCUUUAGAGAUGUAUGGUGCUAGCUCAAAUAUCGCCCCGUAUCCUACAAUGGGGGGCCAGGGCCACGGCCACAUGAGUGGACAUGGAGGCCAUGGAGCCCAUGGUCAUAGCCAUGCUCCAGGUGAACACUGUGGUAUGCAUGGUGGAGAGGUUGAAGAUGAUGCAAACUUUCCUUCUCCUGGACCUGUGAAUAAACCCAAACCCCCUGCACCCCCCGCCUCGUCAAAGCCAGACCCAGCUUCAAUGAGUAUAGUCCAGUCAGUGCAAUAUGGUGAAAUGGAGAAACUAAAAGAUUUUAUAGAGAAUGGUGCUGAUGUUAGAACUCCUGAUGCUGAGAAUGUCACAUUACUUCAUUGGGCUGCCAUUAAUAAUCGAAUUGAGAUUGUCAAAUAUCUCAUUACAAAUGGUGCGAUUGUCGAUCAAAAAGGAGGAAAUUUAGAAGCAACACCUCUGCAUUGGGCGGUGAGACAAGGUCUACUAAACAUGGUUGUCAUGCUGAUGAAAUAUGGAGCUGAUCCCAAUUCAAUGGAUAUCGAAGGUUGCUCAUGUCUGCAUGUGGCGAGUCAACUCAGUCAUACAGCUGUUGUUGCUUAUCUUAUUGGCAAAGGAAUGGAUGUCGAUCAAGUUGAUAAUAAUGGUAUGACACCCCUCAUGUGGGCAGCUUAUAGAUCAUUUGGAGUGGAUACCAUAAGAUUGCUGUUGACAAUGGGAGCAUCGGUGAACCGAAGGGAUAAAUUUCAUAAGAAUACAGCCUUACACUGGGCAGUUAUCUCCAGUAACCACACUGGUCUUUCAGUGUUAACCAAAGCAUCCGCGGACGCAACUAUCACGAAUGAAAAGGGUGAGACUCCUCUAGAUCUUGCCAAGCAGAAGAAAUCAUCUUGGAUAAUGACUCAGCUAGAAUAUUUGAAUUUAAACCAAGGUCGUGAGCAACCUGGUUGGCUUCGCAACAUAUCAACUAAUAAGGUGUUUCGUUAUCGUAUCAUGUUCUGGAUUCCAUUCUAUACUCUCUUCUCUGUUGCUUGUUUUUUGGAGUGGACAAGUGGUUGGGAAUGUUUCCUACUCGUUUUCGCUACCCUGCUAAUAACCUGGGGCUGUAUAAGGUUAUUUUAUAGUUAUGAUCUCAAUUCUAAUCCUAUAGCUCUUGGUAUUGCUAUAGCAACGAAAAUUAUGACGUAUACUGUAUGGUACUUUUAUAUUCUGGAUUAUUGUUCAUUAUAUUUUAUUUUACCCUUCUGUGGAUUUUCGACGAUGUUAUUUUACUCGUUUUAUAAAGCGUGGAAAACAGAUCCUGGUAUCAUUACAGCGACACACGGGGAAAGAAAAAGGAUUAUUGUUAAUCUUGCUGAAGAUGGUACUCUUGACUUCAAACGCUUCUGCCCAACAUGUCUUGUAAGACGUCCAGUUCGUUCUAAGCAUUGCUCUGUGUGUGAUCAUUGUGUCGCUCGUAUGGAUCAUCAUUGCCCGUGGGUUGAUAACUGUAUAGGUGUAGGUAACCACGCAGCAUUCAUCAUAUAUCUGUUCUCAGUGAUUGUCUGCUACACGUAUGUCGUGUAUGGAUCAUUUUACUUUUUUACGGACAAGUGUAGUGCAUUUGAUAAUGGCGUUUUGAAAGGUUUUACAGCAAUGUUCAAAUGCUCUGGUAUGGUGUCCUGGACGAUAUUCUUAGCUGUAUUUUAUCUGUUCUGGGUCAGUUCCUUGUUUGGAUCGCAAUGCUACCAGAUAUUUUGGCGAGGAAUGACAACGAAUGAAAUUAUAAAUGCUCCAAGAUAUCAACAUUUCUUCACCGGAAGUGACGGCAUGCCAACUAGUCCUUUCUCACGUGGGAUUAUUGGAAAUGUUGCUGAUUUCUUUCAAUGUUCGUGUUUUGGUUUGGCGAGACCGGUUUAUGUUGACUGGAAAAAUGAAUACGACUUUGAUAAAUUCUCAGGGCAUAGAAAACAUACUGUAUAACGUAUGAGAAACAUUGUCUAUAUUGUCUGCAUGCAGUUGAAAAACAUAGAGAUCGUGACCUUUAAGACGUUUUGGCAAUCCCUUCUGAUUUAGUUGCUAGUUUUUAACGUAAACAGAUGCAUGUAAUAGUUAGUUUCGAUUAGAACGUAAAACCAUGUCGCAGUUACAAGCUUAACUCGAUUGAACUGGCUACGAUUGCAGAUUGAAUACUGAAAUAUCUCAAAAAGCGUACAUGCAUCCGUGUGAUGUGUAGUCAACAUUCCUGUGUUGACGGAAAUAUAUAUCUUCUGGUCCACAACACAACUGGAUUACGAUAGUGAAACAAAUGUACGGAAAGAAACUUUUUUUGGAUUGCAGCAUCGCUAAACAGCCAAUCGAUAACUUUCGCAUAACAUAUUUUUACAUACAUAUGUGACAUUAUAUGGAUUUAGUGUUUCACAAACAAUAUGAUAGUGCAGAAUUGUAAUUAUUAGCUAACUACCUGAAAGAUUUGACUUUAAGACUUUUAUUUUGACAAGUGAAUACAUUUUAAACUGAAGUCAAUUUACAUCUAUAAAAUAUAAGCUUCCUUUAUU